ACCAUGUCCAUUUCCAAGGUCCACGCCCGCCAGAUCUUCGACUCGCGUGGAAACCCCACCGUCGAGGUUGAUCUCUUCACUGAGAAGGGCCGUUUCCGUGCCGCCGUACCCUCCGGUGCCUCCACUGGUAUCCACGAGGCUGUAGAGCUCCGUGAUGGCGACAAGUCGCAGUACGUUGGCAAGGGUGUACUGAAGGCCGUUGCGAACGUUAACGACACCAUUGGCCCCGAACUUGUCAAGACUCAGCUUAAGGUCACCCAGCAGAAGGAGAUCGACGACUUCCUGAUCAAGCUCGACGGCUCCCCCAACAAGGGCAAGCUCGGUGCUAAUGCCAUUCUUGGUGUCUCUAUCGCUGUUGCUGAGGCUGCCGCUGCUGAGAAGGGUGUUCCCCUUUACCAACACCUCGCUGAGCUUGCUGGUGUCAAGCCCCCAUACAUUCUGCCGACGCCCGCGUUCAACGUGAUAAAUGGCGGAUCACAUGCUGGCAACAAGCUCGCAUUCCAGGAGUUUAUGCUCCUCCCGACUGGCGCCACCAGCUUCUCGGAAGCCAUGAAGAUUGGUACCGAGACCUACCAUACCCUCAAGAAGGUCAUCAGUGCCAAGUACGGCAUCGACGCCGUCAACGUCGGUGACGAGGGUGGCUUCGCCCCGAAUGUCUCUGGUGCUGAUGAGUCCCUUGAACUUCUGAGCGAAGCUAUCAAGAAGGCUGGCUAUGAGGGGAAGAUCAAGAUCGCGCUCGAUGUCGCCUCCUCUGAAUUCUACAAGGACGGCAAAUAUGACCUCGACUUCAAGAACCCUAACUCGGACCCUACCAAAUGGAUCUCUGGCAAGGAGCUUGCGGAGCUCUAUCUUUCCUACGUCAAGAAGUACCCCAUUGUCUCCAUUGAGGAUCCCUUCGACCAGGACGACUGGGAGGCCUGGUCUCACUUCACUGCCAACUCUGGUAUCCAAAUCGUCGGCGAUGAUCUCACCGUCACCAACCCCCUUCGAAUCAAGACUGCCAUCGAAAAGAAGGCCUGCAACGGCCUCCUGCUUAAAGUCAACCAGAUCGGUACCGUCUCCGAGUCGAUCCAGGCUGCUCAGCUCUCGCAAUCCGAUGGUUGGGGUGUCAUGGUCUCCCACCGUUCCGGCGAGACUGAGAAUACCUUCAUCGCCGACCUCGUCGUCGCCCUCGGCACUGGCCAGAUCAAGACGGGUGCGCCCGCACGCUCUGAGCGUGUUGCCAAGUACAAUGCUCUCCUCCGCAUCGAGGAAGAGCUUUCUGGCAACUCGUCGUAUGCCGGAGAUAAGGGCUUCUCGGCUGGUCCCACGGCGCCAGUCCUCCUCAAGAAGUGAAAAAAAAAAUGAAUGCCUACCCGAUGUACUAACGCACGCUGUACUUAUACCAACAAAAGCGGAACUAGAAAGUGUAUUCUUGACGGUGCAAAGACACGAUGUAUAACUAUAUGCGGGCAGAAACUUUGCGUGAUGUAGCAAGUAAAUGCGUGUACGCGGGGGGAUUUUCUGGCCAUGCGCAACAUGACGCUAUCCGAGGUGAGACCCAUUGCCUAUGAGUACCUGCGCACGUUGGCCAAUGAGCAUAUCUACUGCCUGCGCCACGUACCUCUGCUCCUUGUUGAGCAUCAAGUCGCGGCUCGUCGAGAUCCUAUCCCAGCCGCCCAUGUUCCUCGGUCCACGCCCGCUUCACGUUCGUCACCACGUACACGUUCGCUACACCCACACCGGCGCGCGUGCGUUGGACCUCGUCGACCUUAGCCACGAUCUCGCCCACGCUCGGGAAGCAGCGCCGCACGUAGAGCCGCAUAUUCGCAUCAGUCGUUGUGCCGCCGCCGCUGCCAGAGGGCGUCGUCCACGCGUCCUGGAGCGUCGCGAAGGCAUUGAACGCGUUGAAGGACGCUCCCCAGCGUGCGAGGUUCGCACAGUGCUCUGCAAAAUCUCCGUGGCGUACAUGCAGGACGAGCAGUCUCGGAAGGGGCGUAUACGGGUCCCGCAGCAGCACAAGCGUGCUUGGCGCAGCGUACGGCUCGAUGGGCGGCACUGGCAAGAAGAGGCCGCGGUUCAUAUCGAAGGCGGCCUGGACGAGCGGGGCCCAGCCCAGAAGGCGAAGCAGCAGUGACUCGGACAGAACUGGCCAGAUAGGCAGAAGGCGCUCCUUCUGGCCGUAGAUGUAGUAAUCAAAUAUCCAGUCGGAUUGACGGGCAAUCUCGACACAGGGAUCGUCGAUAUUGUGCAGAUAUUUCACCCAAGUCUGCAGUAUUCAGCGCCGAUGGUGACACCUCUCUCAUGUAGUGAGCGACUGUCUGCAUCUCGAUGAUUGUCGGAUUCGGGCAUAUCUUGUCAAAAUAUUUUGUGGACAGCCAGUGGUGUGUGAUCGCCUUCAGCAAACGUACCACCCAUUAGGGGUCCCGAAAUGAGCGCCGACAAGGGAAUCUGGGACGGUACCGGCUUGCUAGUAUAGCCAGAGUAUAUGGCAUUGUCCCUGUUCCAUAUAGUUGUCAAAGACAAAGGAUCUCCCACUACUGUACGCGACCUGCGCGUUCAUGAUGAGAUCUUCCAGGUAGUUUCCCCACCCCAAAGCUCCAGAUGGAGAGCUUCAUGAAUAGCGUACUUGCAUACAUAGCUAUACACUCACCAGAGACAUGAUUAUUCACCCACAGAUCCUUCUUCCCAUUACUGAACGGAUCAUCUGAACCGUGCUGCGGCAGAACUAGCUCGGCAUGGUGAUAUCUCUCGUACAACGGCGGCUUGUCCCUCUCAAAGCUCCAUGCCUACCACUUCUGCCAUACCCUGGCCGUCAAGUAUAGCAGCGCGACUAGGAGCGUGGUCCCCAGAAGGACGCUGCGUGCCGUAAGCUUAAGCCACUUGUUGAGGCCACGCGCACGCGAGCCAAAUCUGCGCGGCGACACAGACGGCCGGCGGUGCAUUGGAAGCCGCAGAGUCUGCCUCAUCCAGCCUCAACUUGUCUC